AUGCCGCCGCCGCCUGAGCAGGAAUUACGACAACUCCAGGAAACAGAAAUCGAGGCCUUACGCGCCAUAUUUUGUGAAGACUUUGAGCAGAUCCGCACGCGACUCUUGCUACCCCCUUUGAGUUCAGACUCAAGCUUCGGGCGGAAGAAGUCGAACUCCAAGAUCGAGUCAGGAUUAACUUACGUGUUUCCUCGCCUAUAUCCCACCACUCGGCCCACUUUGGUCCUUGAAGAUGCAAUUGGACUUUCUCCAGCGCAGCUUUCGGAACUUCAAGAACAACUUGGCGCCAAAACUAGUCAGCUUAUCGGCUCAGAGAUGAUGUAUGAACUGGCGACCUUUGUAGCCGAGUUUAUUACUGAGCACAACACGACCAUACCACCCAACGACCACCUGUCACUCAUCGAGGAGAGAGUGAAUCGAGUAACAGAAGCUGAACGCCAACAACGACUGGCCAUUGAAGCUGAAAAUGCACGGCAAUUGACUCUCAAAUCUCAUGAAGAUCUUGAAUUGGCAAGACAAAUUCAAAAGGAUAUCGAUGACAGACAUGAACUUCUGAAGCGCGAACGGGAGAAAGCCAAUGUCAAUACAAACAAUCAGCAUGAUAUCAAGUCGACGGCACGUCUGCCAUUCGGAAAUCUAAUCGAGAUUCCACUCCCCACAGGUCCAUUGAAAAUCCAAGUUGGCUUUGAAGUUCUUGAUGGAUUCCUCGGGAGUGUCUAUCAUGUUCAGGUAUCCAACGUUGGACCGGCUCAAUUGACUAUUGUACAUCCACAUGGUCGCUAUUAUCAUACCCAAGGCCAGAAGAUGCUAUCAAAAGUCGCUAGCGAUCUAGAUACCCUUCGGAAUAUAAGUGACCCACAUGUCCAAUCGAUUUACGGUUCUGAACUGGUAGGAACCAAGUUGACAGUGGUUAGCGAAUCUCUUCCUGGGAACUCUGUGCGUGAUGUCUUGGAUCAAUGCGGUCCUUUCAAAUCGGAAAAAGCAUUGGAUUGCUUAGAGCAGAUUUUAAGCGGAUUGAAGGCUAUACACCAUGCACAUCUUGUCCACAGAGUAAUCAAACCCGAAAACAUUUUUAUCUGCUCUCCCAAAGAACGAACCAAGAAGCCUGUGUUCAAGCUUGGCAAUGUGUCAUGGUUUCAACGACUUUGGGAUCUGUGCAAAUCCAACCCAUUUUGCGAACUUCCACCUGAUUCUCAACGACCAGAUCUAUGGAUUCACCCCAAUACGCUUCGAGAUCCAUUGGCUUAUGAUAGAGAACGUGACCUGUUUGAUCUGGGGGUGACAUUUGCUCAGAUGCUAUUUGGUGAACUUUGGCCCAAAUGGGACUCUCCAAUCGUUUUCCUUCACAACUUGCCUGUUGAUUAUCCGUCAAUUUUUCGAGAGCUGCUGGGAAGUUUGCUCCUCAACAGUAAGAAAAACAAUGCACAACAUCUACUGGAUAAAUUGUCAAAUUUCAAAAGAAUGACAAAGGAAAUUUGCUCAGCUCCAGCACGUCCUCCAUCACAUGGCCAGAAUUGGGAAAAGCCUGCGAAUCAGGUUGUGCCACAUGGAGUGUUUUGGCAACCUCAGGGCACCACGUACUCUCGAUACAGAAAUGACUUCGAAGAAGUAGAGUUUCUAGGUAAGGGCGGCUUUGGCGAAGUUUUAAAGGCUCGAAAUAAGCUCGACAAUCGAUUCUAUGCAAUUAAGAAGAUUUCCCUGCCCACGGAUCCUCGAGAAGAGACCAAAAUCCUUAGAGAAGUCACCAUCCUUUCCAGGAUGUCACAUCCACACAUUGUGAGAUAUCAUGCGUGUUGGAUAGAGGCAACCACCAUACCCCCGAGCUCUAGCAACUCAGAAUUCAGCCAAGUCAGCAGCGGUAUCCAAUCCUCUGAACUACAGACCGUUGGACGUCUCUCGUUUUCUCGCCCAAAUUCAGAUAACGACGGCGAGAGCGAAGACUCGCAGACUUCCGGUACCAGUAGUAGCGUCGAUGGGGGCGACAAUGCCACAAUUCACGAAUUUCAACUCGGCCUUGACGACAUGGAUUUCUUGUCUAUCCAUCAUGGUGAUUCGAUGCCAAGCAUCCGGUUUGGAGAUUCUAGUCAAUCUCAGUCAAUGUGCAUGGUCAAUUCAACCAGUCGCACGGCCAGUGAUGAUGCUACGCCCUCUCCUGAUAAUAGUAAAGGGUCUCGAGAAGCCGAUAAGUUUUCGAUCAGAAGAAUGCUUUUCAUGCAGAUGGAAUUUGUCGAUAGUCUCACUUUACGAGAGGCGAUAGAUCAAGGUAUCGAAAGUGAUCGCCAGAUUUGGAGGAUUUCGCGCCAGAUCCUUUCUGGCAUGGCGUACUAUACAUCGCUCAACGUAAUACAUCGCGAUUUAAAGCCCAGUAACAUCUUUUUGGAUGUCCAGGGAGAAGUGAGAAUAGGAGAUUUUGGUUUGGCUGUCAAUCAAAAUGGGUUGGAGGUGGAAGGGUCGUGUGGGCCCAUGCCUAUGAAUGCAGAACUUACCUCAGGCGUUGGAACGGCGCUUUACAUUGCACCUGAAACUGUUGAAGCUCGUCACCUACGGGCCAAACAUCUGGAAAAAAUUGACAUUUAUAGCUUUGGGAUUGUUUUGUUUGAAAUGUUCCACAGAAUGAAAACUGUUCACGAGCGCAUACAAAUUAUCAAGAAUUUGAGGAGUGCAGAAAUCCAGUUUCCCUCGAACUGGAACGACGAACCGAAUGGUGUCAAGACUAGGAUCAUCAAAUGGUGUCUUAAUCAUACGGCAGAACUUAGGCCAUCCCCCACUGAACUGUUAAAAAGCAACUUAUUCCCACCCCAGCCCGAAGAUGAAAACAUUGAAGAAAUCACCCGGCUUAUCUCACGACCAGGCCAUGCUAUGUUUCGACCCUACCUUGCAUCCUUGUUUGAUCAACCUCUACCCGACCGCAUUCGUCGCGAUUUUGCCUAUGAUUUUCACACGGCCGACACCUCUCAAAAGAUAUUGGACAACCCCUUCCGGACUUUGAUCUGCGAUCAUUUGACUGAAAGGUUCUGCCUACGCGGUGCUGUCAAUGUUGAAAGUCCUGUAUUAGUGCCUUAUACAGACAUCGACAAUCCUUCCUUGGUCAAACUCUUGGACUCUGAAGGUACCGUCGUGACAUUACAUUUCGACGCCACAAUCCCCUUUGCUAGGACAGUGGCCAGGGAUGAAUCCCUCAUCAGAUUGAAAAGGUUUAGCUUGUCUCCAAUGUAUCGUCAAAAUCCAGCCGGAGGCCAACCGAUCACAAUACCAGUCUCAAGUUAUGAUAUUGUUUCUCCUACUCGAACUUUAGCAGCGGAGUCAGAGUUAGCAACGUUUCUCUACGAUGCCCUCCGAUCGCUUCCGCUAGGUGGAUCGUUUGAGCAUGUAUUAAGCCACAAUAAACUAUGGGAUGCCAUCUUUUUAGAUAUACCUGCACAUCAACGCACGCCACUGCAAAGGAUGAUUGAAAAUUACAACGCCACAAACUCGCCCAGUUGGUCUGAGUUAUCAACUGAGUUGGCAGACAGUGGCGGGAUAUCAAAAACAACCCUUGAUAUCAUUAAAAAGGCAUUUGAUAUUCGUGUCAAAGCGCAUCUCCUUGGCCCUUCGUCUCCAUCAUACAAUAACUUUCGCCUUCAAGAAGCCAUUGAUGAUUUGGAAAUAGUAAUCAAGUUCGCCAAAUUACUUGGAAUGCAAGGGACCGUCGUUAUUUGGCCUCUGUUGGUUCCUCAACACCGCGACCAUUCGAAUGGGGUCUUUUUUAAUACCUGUGAUAGUCGCAAAGGAAAAGUGUUGGCAGCUGGUGGAAGAUUCGACGGUCUCGUUCAGAAGUUGGUACCUCCUGGACUCGGGCAAUCCCAAUUAAGGAGUCAUUUGGUUAGCGUGAGCUUGCACGUUUCGCGUCUGAGUCUUGCUGUUGCUAGGCAUGUACAGAUAUCAAGCACUACCUCUUGGAUGCCCCGAAGGUGCGAUGUAUACGUCAUGUCGUUUGCGCCUGGUUUACUGAAAGACAGGCUAGAAGUAACAAGGGAAUUGUGGGCGGGUGGGAUCAGUGCAGACUUGAUGUACGAUGGAGAGACACAAUGGUCGUCUCCCGAAGCGGUCCUGCAAAGCUGCCGGCGGGAAGGAAUAAUAUACGCUAUCAUUGUCAAAGCUCCUAAUCCAUACAAGGAUCAAGUAGUCAAGGUGAAAAGUCUAUCCCAAAAAACCGAGCACGAAAUUCCUCUUCAUGAACUAUCAACUUGGUUAGACAAUGCCUUGCAUGAGCAUGCACGCUCUGAAUCAGCAAGCGGUAGCUUGAAAGCCCUGCACGAGGGUCAUAUGCUUCUAGGAAAACUAAGCACAAAGGUCGACAAGCUGUAUAUGAGAGGGCCUUCGAAGCGAUCAGCGAUAAGAUAA